GUUGACCCUGGAGCAGAAGGAGUUGUGUCGGAGUAGACUGAAGCUGCUGUGUUACCUGGACCGCCUGGCCACCUACGAGGAUAUAUUAGGUGGUCCCGGUGUUGCAGAACAGAGAUACGACUCUGAGUUCUUCAAGAAGUUCCGGAACCAGAAUAUCAUUCUGUCAGCAAGAACCUACGCCAGGGAGAGUAACGUCCAGGCGCUGGACAUCCUGUUCACCUAUCAUGGAGCAGAGCUUCUCCAACACCGAUUGGCUAUCCUCUUCAACUUCCCAGAAACCACCUCACCACACGAGUACACCAACCUGCUGCCUGAGGCCUGUGUGGAUGAGAGAGGCAAUUUGGGGGUGAUCCCCUGGGAUGAGCGGAGACACAGGGAGAUGGACUGGUGUGAAGAGGACCAGUGCAGGACGGUAUUGGAUCAAAACCUACCGGACCAUGCCCACUUCCUGUAUGAGGAUGCUCCUGAUUGGCUGCGGUUCCGUACGGCCACGCCCCCUAUGGACCUGCUGACUGACUGGUACCUGAGCCGUGCCCAGGACAUAGACUCCUGUUCUAGACAGGUGGACUGUGCACUGUCAUUGGUGCGUCUGGGGAAGGAGCGGGAUAUCCCGGGGUUGGAGCGGCUGUGUGAUGACCUGGUAACCAUGGAGACGUUGGUGUACGAGACGGCGUGCGAGCUCAGCCUGACACUAAGAGACUUGCAGCAGCUCAGUGACAUCGACAAGCUCCGCCUCCUCAUGAAGAACUCCAGUGCAGAGUGCUAUGUUAAAGAUGUGUUCCAGUGGAUGGUUCCUUUCCUGCACCGCUGUGAGAAACAGAUCGGGGGCGCUAGCGAGGCCCUGCUGAGAGAAUAUCUGGUGACCCUCUCUCGGCAAGACCUGUCUCUACCCCUGGCCGUCUUCCAACACUCCAGACCUGACAGCCAGCAGAAGGUGCUUGGGGACCCAGAUCAGCUGAUGACUGUGGCGUUGGAGUGCAUCUACAGCUGUGAGAGAGACGAUCAGCUGUCCCUCUGCUACGACAUCCUGGAGUGUCUACCUCAGAGAGGCUACGGACCGGAGACGCACAUCACCGCAUCUCUCCACGACCAGGUGGACAAACUGGAAAAACACCUCAG